AUGGAAAAUCAAGCCAAGAGACAUAGGAAAGCGAAUUUUACAGAUACUGAAAUAAGAGUGCUAUUAGAAGAAAUAAGUGUUGAUCAUAAAACAUUGUUUAUGGCCAACAACCAAACUGUCACAAACAGGUUAAAGGGGGAUAUUUGGAAAAGAAUAACUGCAAAAAUCAGUGCAUGCGGCGUGGCAGAACGUACACCACAAGAGGCGAAAGAAAAAUGGAGAUCGUUGAAAGGGGCCGUCCUAAACAAGCAGAAAAGACAGACGAAAACGGGAGGUGGACCACCAGAUAAACCAGUGCCAUACGAGGACAUCAUCGUGACCAUAAUUGGAGAAAAUUCAAACCUCUACACUGGAAUAGAGAAUCCUAUGCAAGGAACAGACACUUAUGAAAACCCACAAACACAAGCAGUCGAGUGCAAGAAUAACACUGAAAAUACGUGUGUGGUUUCCUCGGAACCCACGCCAGAUUGCUCAAAGGAAUACCCUGAGGAUUUGACAUCCGUCCAAACUAUCUCUGGUCCAACACCUUCAUCUCUCACUUUAACAUCGCUUUUAAAUAUAGACACAACACUAUGUCAGGACGAUGAUAAUAUAGCAGUUGCUAUUGUAAAUGAAAGUAAAACAUUUGAAGCAAAACAAUCAGCUUCACCAACACUUGACAAAAUAUUAAUAACGAAAUCAAAGGCCCAAAAUAGAAAAAUAAAAAGAAAGUCCUUGGUGGAGAAAGGGCUAGAUGAUCAUGAGAAUGAUCUCUUUGAAGAAUAUCUCAAAAGUGAGAUAGAAAAAAACAAGAUUUUGUUAGAAAUUAAAAAACUUAAAAAAAUUGGAAAGGAAGACGAGUUACAUAAUUAA